AUGGAGGAAAUCAAGUUUCUGACCGAAGGAAAGGUUUCCAUCCUCAUAAUACUUUGAUUUGAACCUCUUUUUAAUAUGGGUUCUGUUUUUUUAAAUAACUAAAUAUUUGAGCUGUAAAAAAAUGUUCAAGUAUUUAAAAAAAUUUAUUUCACGAAAAAAAUUUGAUUUCUUCAGUAUUUUUCCAUUUUGAUAUUGAAAAUGAGCAAAUCUUCACUGUUUUCUUUUUUUUGGCUUCAAAAAAAAAUUUUUUUCCACGCGGAAAAAUUAUAAAAACUCCGGCAGUAUGCAAAUUUUCGUCAGCGGUGAAUGCACAAGAAGCAUCAUAUCUGACGACAUUUUUGGGGGCGGGACUCUGAAAACGCCGUUUUUCGGGGCCUUUUUCUGGAAAAAAGACUCUUUUUUAAGCCCAUCUGGGUUUCGCCCGUGAACUGAAAAAAAGAAAAAAAGCUUCUAGAAUUUCAAUUUUUAUCCCGAACCUUUACCUUCAAGUAUUAAAUUUAAUCAGAGCCGAAAAAUUUUUAAAAAAAUUGGCCAUUCUCAUAUUUGAGGAGUAAAAUUUCAAAUUCGCUCAGUUCUGAGAGUGUCCAAUCGAUUGUUUUGAAACUUUGGAGUUCCUGAAUUUUCCCGAGUAAUCACGUAUUUGAAAAGUGAUCUGUAGAAACUGUCUAUAAUGUUUUUGACUUAUUUUAAAUAUCUAAGUAAAGUAAACAUUUUCUAAAGAUAGUCGCCGGUCGAUGGAAAAUCAUCAAGAAGCUGGGCGAAGGCGGCAUGGGCGCCGUGUUCAAAGUCGAGGACAAAAGACGCAAGAACUUCAUGGCGGCUAUGAAGGUGAUGAUCCAUUCGGAAAGUGUUUUCGACAAGAUAGUUCUCAAGUUGAAGCCGCGCAGAAAUAGCCAUCUAAGGCGCUUCUAAAGUGCAAAAGUACCUGAGAAAGGCUUCAAAAAAAAAACUGCCUAUGGCCUUUUCAGGACUUUUUAUAAGAAUUAUCCUUUUUUGGGAGAUAGAAAAAGAAAAAGGUUAUGAUAAGCUUCAAAAAAAGAAGGAAAAAACCGUUUCUCGGGUUUUUUUUCCUUAAGAAGGUCAGGAAAAGGAGUUUGGAAGGGACUUUGCACCUUUUUUGGAACUUUUAAAAGGGUUUUCGUUCUUUUUUCAAUUUUAAGGCCUUGGUAAAACUUUGCCGCCUAAUCAAUAACUUUCCGCGCAAGACAGUCACUUUUUAAAGGAACAGAAAAUAAAAAAAAAAGUAAAUUUAAACCUUCGCUCAACAAAAUUACCAAAAAGACAGCAAAAAACAAAAGUCUUGAAGCGAAUUCUGAUCUAAUUCAGUAUACCGUAUACGGCCUUUUUGGCGGAAAGAAAAACGUGACAAGCUGGCGCGGAAUGAGCUAUAGUUUUUAAUGUAUUUUUAAACCGGCAAGUGCUUCAUAGAUCUCUGAGCUCUUGAUUCAGCGACUAUUUUGUCCUUUUUUUUUAAGUCCUGAAAAUCUGGACUCAAAUAACGAAAAUGAAUAGGUCGAAAGCGACAUCUCCGACGGAGGUGUCCUCAAGCUGGAGGUCCACGUUUUGAAAGAGCUAGCCCCUCUCAAAAACGUCGUUCGAUUGAUUGAUUCAGGCCAAAGGGACAAGUAUUGGUGGGUCUUUCUGUAAAGGGAGUUUAAGGCUUUAGGAAAAGCCGUGGAAAUUUCAAAAAUUGAGUUUAUUUCAAAAAUAAGCAUUCUAGAAAGCAGAGGUGGAGGAUUGGGAAGGCAGUCCUUGGCUUGGCGGCCAAGCCAAGCCAAAAAGCCAAACGAUAGAAAUGAGCCAUUAAUUUACGUGGUCUUUGGCAACCAGGUCAAAAACGUGGCGAUAACGCCCUGAACUAAUCAUUAUCAACUUUGUAAAUUUUGAAUUGUUUUUUUUUUUUCGCAACUUCGUGUUAACGUUUUAAAUCUACUGUAAUAGUUAUUUCAGCAGGGAAUUGUCACUGAAACGGGUCAAAAGGCUACCUUUUUAAUCUCACUAGAGAACUAUUUCGACAAAAAAAUUUAGAGAUGCCAUGAAAUUGAUGCAAAAGUAUUUCUCUUGAUUCAUUUGGUUUCCAAAAAAGUCAAAUGACUGAAAAAUCCUAUUACGCCAGGCCACCUCGUUAAGAGUGGAAGGCUUACAGUUCUCUACCUGAAUUUUUCCGGUUAUUAAAAAAAAACUAGCGAAUUUUCGAACGGCGACUUUUUCCGAUUUGUUCAAAUCGCUAGGGAACUUUCCGACGGCUACCUUUCCGACGGACCACUUCCCGAAUUUUUUCCCUUUUAUUUUUCGGUUUCUUAAAAAUUUUCUGUCUACUUUUUUGUGUUUUAAUCAUGAAUCAACUACCUACUUUAUAUGGGAGGAUUCAAAACGAAGAGUUUAUUUAGCAAAAAAGUUGAAAAGGAUUAGUCGGAAAGUUCUCCGUCGGAAAGCUCCCUAGCGAUAUGAAAAAAUCAGAAAAAUCGCCGUUCGAGUUUUCGCUGAUCUUUUUUUCAUACCACCAUUUUUUCGUUUUUUGUGUUUUUGUAAAAAAGUUUCAUACAUCGCUCAAAACAAGCGCUUCUAGAUGCUAGGGCGAUAUCGCCAUACAAAUGACCGUCGCGCCACGCUGACUUUUGAAAAAGUCAUUUCUGCCUUUUGGGCGUUUAUGGCUUGGCAGGCAAUGCGGCCAGAGGGCAGCCAUCCUCCACCUCUGCUAGAAAGUAUAAGUUUCAUUGGAAGACUCUCGAUUUACAACAAGGAAAUUCAAUUUUAUUAAAGGGUCCCUGAAAAAAAUACAAAACAAUUUUUUUUUGGUGACUUGAUGAAAGUCUUAUGAUUUUCGGAGCUGACGUGGGAACUUUUCGUUGAGAAAAUGCUAAAAAUAAAAUUCCAAAGUUUUCGUCGUUUUUUUUGAAUUUUGCAGCUGAAAUUUUCUUGUCUUUUCCUCUUUUUAAUCAUCUCCGAAAAAAGACCACUUUCGUUGUUUUUCAUUUCCAAAAAGGCGGAUUAUAUACAGUUUUCAAGUUAACUACCAUUAUCACUCUUUUUUUCGCGUUUUUCUCUGCGCCCUCCUUGUCUCUCGGCAACUCUCUUAUGUUGACGUGAUGUUUUUCUGUUUCUCUGUCCUCGCUGAUGAGGGAAAACAUAUAGACGCAGACAGUCGAAAAGUGUUAUAGCUGAUUCACGGCUUGUUUGUGACACGAAGAGGGCGUGGCCUGUGUGCGCUCUCCAUAAGCCAGGCACUGUCUCGUUCAUUAUCGUGUCAGGACCCUUUUUCCGAUGUCUCAAGCCAGCCCUGAAUCAGCUAUAAGAGGAUGGGCUAUAGAUUCAACACAGAUCAAAAACUUUUUUGUGACCAGUCAAGUCUCACAUUUUCGAACGUUUUUGAGAAGUCUGAAAAAAGUAUUUUUUUUUAUUUUGCACUUUAGAUUAUUCGCUCUGAAGUUCUUCGAUACACUGGAUCCCAGGGAAGGGAAUAGAAAGCUUUGGUGACGAAAAGAACUUUGGUGACAACAGAAAAAUUGAAAAUUGAAAGAAAUGAAGAAAAAGCGAAAAUCCGGAAGAUGGCCUCGCAUGCUGAGCAGGGUAACCCCGCCGUGCUAACACGGGGUCUCCGCGGGUGCCCCCGUAUUAAACCCGUAAAAGCCCAGCUGAUAGAACUUUUGGCAAUUUUUAGCCCAACUGAGACCCCGCUUUAGCCCAGCUGGGUUACAUAUUUUUCUUACACCCGUUGUUCCCCCGUUUUAGCCCAACUGAGACUAAAAUAACCUCAGAAACACGGGUUAAAUACGGGUACACCCGUUGAGACACCUGAUCAGCAUGCGAGGCGAAGACUGUUGUCCAUAGAGCAACUUUACUGCAAAGCGCCCUUUUCGCGGGAACUCAAACUUUCCUCUCUCCGACUUUGAAUUAAUUUUUCUCCAAAACUAGGGAGUUCUGUACGUUUCCAAGUUUACCGUUCGAUUCGGAAUGGAAAGCUCUACGAAGUACUGCUUUGAACUGAAGCACCGUUUUUUACUGCCCCUAUGCCUUUAAAUCAAAUUUUUUGAAAGCUUCUUUUUGGACUUUAUAUAGUCCGACAGCUUUUGGGUGUCUGCGUCUCUCUGUUCCCUCACCGCAAGGCACGUCAACAUGAGAGGGUCGCCGAGAGACGAAGAGGGCCCAGAGAUGUCCCGUCAUUUCAUAUCGCGAAAACUAUUUUCGACCGCCCUAAAUCCACAAAGAAACAUAGUUUCUCUUCAGUUUCAUGGUGAUGACGAUGCUCGGUGUAGACCUGAUGCAUCUGAAACGUCUCGCGGGAAAGCCAUUCUCACAGUCGACAAUUCUUCGGAUCGCCAUGGCGACCCUCUACGCGAUCAAACAGGUCUGACAGCGGACCGCGACGCGAACCGCAACGCGGCUUCAGAUCCACGAGGCCGGCUUCACCCAUCGCGACAUCAAACCCGGCAAUUGCGUGUCGGGACUCGUCGGCGGCGACAUGCGUUGCUUCUACCUCAUCGAUUACGGUAGAAAACGUCAUUUCGUGUCGGGAUAUCCUCUGCAACUUAGGCGAUGCUCCUUUAAUGUUUUAUGAAUCUUUGACUAAUUAAAAGAUCUGACGACGGAAAGUUGUUCAUGUUUUGUGAGGGGUCACUUGAGGGGAAAAAAUUGGCUUAUUUGAGUGAUCACUAAAGAGGCGUUUCUUGGAGGAAAAGCUCAGAAUUGCUUUAGCGAAAGACUUUCCUUAGAUUUUUAAUUUUUCACUAAAGUGACUACUUACGGGAUCAUUUAAAGAGGACUGCUAUGCUUAUCACAAAAAAUGAUUUGAAACGAGUUUUUUGAUAAUCAAUUAAUAAUUAGGGUCAUAAUUAAAGGAGCAUCGUUUCGCUUGGAAAGAUAUAUUGACGUGAAACAUCUUUAAAAGAAGAUACAGUAAGAUUUUAGGAAUGGUUCGCGCUUUCAUUCAAACUGACAAGCACGGCACGAAUUCUUUAAGAAAGCCGCGAGAAGGAGAUCAACUUUUUAGGUAAGGCGUUUGAAAAAAAAUCGAUUUGAAAGUUCAAAUAAAUCAAAAGUAAUACUAUAAGUUAUCAUACUUUUCUUCCUCCAAGAUUGAUAGAUAUGAAAACGCUUGAAAAAGGUCUUAGGUAGGAAGUUCCACAAUGAUUAUCCCCGGAGCGCAGAAGCGGGCUAAUUUUCAGCCUCGCCUCUUGUUGUCCUCCCUUUUCCUGUCGCCACAAUGAUUAGUUGCCGGAUUAUCCGCAGCCCUUUUGAUCGUUGUAACAGAGCUUUUCGCUCAAUUGCAUCCAAAUCAAAGUUUAAAUUUUUCGAAGUUACGAUACCUUUUCUACACUUUUAUCUCUCAGUUGGAACCCCAAAAUAUGAUAAGAACUUGAAAAAUUGUGAAAAAUAUCCUGUUUUUGUUCUAGUUGGUUUGGGCCAAUGAAAACGCCUCCAUCAGUUUCGUAAAUUUAAUUUUUUACGAAAUUUUAUCAAAACUCUUGAAAAUUCAAUUUUUUUUAAACUUUUCACCUUACUAGGAAACGCUCUAAAAACGCUCCAUAAUUCUUGAUCAAGAAAGAAGUUGCUUUCGAUCUUAUUGAGGGUCACUUGAGGCCUCAGAAAAUGAUUGUGUUUCAUUUCAAGCCAAAAUUCCUUCUUCAGAGGAACUCCACGGUACUGUAGUCUGAACACGCACUACCGUAAGGAGCAAGGCCGUGUAGAUGAUCUUUGGUCGUGGCUUUUCAUGUUGGUCGAGUUACACGUCGGCCUCCCGUGGCGACGGCUCACCGACGAGCGCGAGAUCCUCAAAGUCAAGGAGAGCACCAAAACCGAGGACCUUUUCAGGGUUCUUUUCUUUUUAUAGUUCAUUUUUUUCGCUAAUAUGUUGGAAUAACUGCGUUCCGUAUGCCCACGAAAAAUCCAGGUUUUGUGCUAAAGAGCGCCAAAGGGAUCAUUAUAGGGGUUAAGGGAAAAGGUUCCUAUAGGGGACAAAAUAGUAUUCCCCCCAAAGACUUGCCACGUUUGAAAACGGAAAAGCACCUAUAGGGAACCCUACAAUAACCCCUAAGGUAGUGACCACUCCGGAGUUCUAGGAGUGGACCCGCCGAGCUAACACGGGACAUAAACGGGUGUGCCCCUGUCAUGCCCUUAUAAGCACUUAUAUUUAGCACAGUUGAGGCUCAAACUCAAGAAAAAACACGGAUACGAUUUGGGUAAACCCGUUGAGAUAUCUAGUCAGCAUAAGCGAAAUAGUGUCCCCCCUUCAUAGACUUGCCGCUUUUGAAAAUCCUUCUAGUGACCACUCUGGAGUACUAGAAUUAAAUCCGCCAAGCUAACACGGGACAUAAGCGGGUGUGCCCCUGUCAUGCCCUUAUAAGCACAGCGGGUAGAACUUUUGGUACCACGGUUAAGGCACCCUUUUUAAGCCAAAUAGGGUCUCAGAUUUUUUUUUUCAAAUAAUAGCUGAGACACCUUUUUCUUCUGGUUGUUUUUUUUAGCACAGUUGAGGCUCAAAUUCAAAAAAAACAGGGGUAUAGUCUGUGUGCCACGAUUUGCAAUUUCACCAAACGACAUUCCGCUGUUCCGCUGCGUGCGUUUGCGAAGCGUCUUUCGAAUUUAGGUCACGCUUUCGAUUGAUUUUUACUGCUGUGGGAGCACAGGAAAGUAGAGUACCUUAAUAAAAGAAAAAAAAAAUUAAAAGCGCGACCAAAGCUCGCAAAGUCGCGCCGCGGCACAGCGGAAUGUCGUUCGGUGAAAUUCCAAGUCGUGGUACACAGCCUAUACGAUUCGGGUAAACCCAUCGAGACACCUAGUCAGCAUAAGAGGAGUUUUCAGCCCGUGAUAAAAUCAUCAUAUCAUUUGAACUGCUCAUGGGAAAUUUUUUCAGAAAUGCCCGAAUGAGUUUAGAAAUUUGUACGACUAUCUGAACACUCUGAAAUUCGCCAGCCGACCUGACUAUUUCGGCAUGUGGAGCGAGGUAUUCAAUUAGUUGUCUAAACGAGUAAUUACACCUCCACUGGAUAUCUAAUUCACCUGCUAUCAGUGAAAAUAUUCCACUAACCCGUUACUUUGAAUUUUAAAUUUUUAGCUGAAAAGUCAUAAAAAGAUGAUUUAGACUAUUUCAAAACUCAGCUAGCGGUGAAUGUAGUAAACUUGUGAAGUUUCAAUUUGAAGUGGAAAGUUUAAAAUAGGUAAAAGUUGUUUAGCUGCGUUUUUGCGCUUAAAAAUAGUGAAACCUGCGUUUUGGGCGGUUGAAAAGGACUUCAAAUACAGUUUUGGGUCUUACCCUAAGGCUGCGCCGGACCGAAAGCGACUUUUCUCUUUUCCUCGUGAAUUCAUAUGAUUUUUUCAAAUUUAUAUAUCCUCAGGGUAGGGAAAAGAGACGUAGAGAUUUUAACGCUUCUUCUUGAAAUACUCUAACUUGUCUGCGCCCUCUUUUCUCUCUUACAGGCUUUUUCACGGUUCUAUGACCUCAAGAGACGCAGAGGGUCAGACUGUUUUUCAAGUCGUGGUGAUGGAACUAUAUAAGCGUUAUAGAGCUUAUUACAACAUAAUAUAGAAUUUUAAAAUGUAACCCGGAAAAAUAUCAAAAUUUUCUCUAACAACGGAAAGCGUAUCUUAUUGGUUUUUGGAAAGAAGGCGUGACCAGCCAAUCAGAGACUGGGUUGCAAACUGCGUCAAUUGAAAAUAAUCAAAAUUCCACUUGAUCACACUUUUUUUUAGUGCUUCGCGGGGUUGAAACGAGCCAAAGGAUCGUUUUUGGACAAGUAUGUUUGAUUCGAAAAAUUUUCUGAUGUUCAAACUAUGGACUUUUCCAGUGAAAUGAGCCUUUUUGCGUUUUUAAACCACUCUAGAAAGCUGCUCUGAAUUUUUUCGAUUUUCAAAAAAAUGUCAGAUUUGAAUGGGAGCCGGAAGCGCCUCCGCCAGACGUUCAGACGGCGUUGUCGAUUUCAGAAAAAGAUUUGACCGAAUUCAAGCCGACGAAACGUUUUUCUUUCACCCUGAAAUGGUACUUUUCACGUGUUUUUAGGCACUGUCAUGGGAAAAAAGCUGUACCCGUACGCUUCAGCCGCCAACUUCAAAGAGAACAUUCUCAAAAUGUGA